GAAGGUGCCGAAGUGUAGAAAAGAUGAUGGAUUAAUUUCCCGAGGGGGCAUGACGCACGGGAUGCGCUAAGCCGAACGGAGUGAGUCACCGACUGGACUUCUCCCGCCGUCUCUUGGCGCCUCUCAUCUCUCAACAACAUUUCAUCAACAGCGCAAUUCACUCAUAGACAGAGAAGUCCGGCCGGAAGUAUGAUACCAGAUAGAAAAGAUGGUGUGGACUCCGGCUGGUGGAUGAGCCUAGUGGGCUGGAAGACGAGAGGGUACGAGGGCGGCUUUGAUCAUUGUUGACAAAUACGAUUGAGCCAUUGAGGAAUCAAUUGCUGGAGGACACGAUCAGGCAUGUUCUUUCGUGGUUGGAGCAGGAGUUUGUGAUCGCGAGACGCCCAGCAGAGUCAGACCGGCAUUGAGAUACAGAUCUACACAAAUUGAAUGCACCCGAAGUGCUAUCCGGCCUAGAGUUCAUGGGUAGCACUAUUUGCGACGAGCAUCUACGCCGUAAUAUACCCUUUGAUUCGCUGACCAUAUGAGGCUGAUUGUCGAUCAAAGAAGAGUGACGAUACAGCCCAAAAGAUCGUGCGCACCAUCCUGAUUCCUGAAUGAUUCCCCCAGUCGCCAUCUCCACCUCCGAUCGGGUGCUGACGUCACGCAUCAAUGUCGAUCCCGAUCGAAUCGAUGCAGCCAGGAAUGUUACUGCAUACACUCCCCACUUCGCUUCAAGUGCCUUGAUCUGGGCCCUCACAGUAUAUCAGUAGUAAAGUCCCUUCGCCCCCCUUCGGCAUGUUUACCCGCCCCCAAUCCUUCCCGAAGCUGAUUAUUCUAGAUCGACGGGCUCUCUGCUCACUCUUUCGUCGUACGCUGAGUAUCAUGCCUCCUCAGAAACGCAAAGCCACGAAUGAUUCCGCGAGCACCGGAGAUGCCAAUAGCGCAUCUCCGGCCGCGAAACGCGGCAAGCCGGAUCUGACGCAUCCUCAUCCCCACGCUCAACAGACAGAAGACUUUGGCAUUGUGCUGCGCGACUUCUAUCCACCCGAGAUGAACAACGAGCGCUGCGCCGCCUACAAUAAUGGCACGCUAGAGCGCCCGAUUGAGACUUUGCAAAAGGCAUAUGAGGAGACGCAGGAGGAGCGGCAAGCCAUCCAGCCCGGUAGGGCCGUCGUACACUGGUUCAAAUCAGAUCUCAGAUUGCAUGACAACCGCGCGCUACAGAUGGCCUACCAGGUGGCGCGCGAGCAUGACAUCCCGCUCCUGGCACUCUACAUCUUGUCACCAGAGGAUUUGACUGCGCACCUGGCCAGCCCAGCACGGGUGGAUCUAACCAUCCGCACACUGGGUCAACUUCAGCGAGAUCUGGGUGAGCUGGACAUCCCCCUCUAUAUUGAGACUCACCAGAAACGCAGUGGGAUACCCCAGCGUAUCCUCGGAUUGUGUCAGGAAUGGGGUUCCAAUCACCUAUUCGCCAACCUCGAGUACGAGGUAGACGAACUGCGCCGCGAGGCCACUCUGAUCCGACUUGGGGCUCAAAAUGGCCUCAAAGUCGAGGCAGCCCAUGAUAGCUGCGUCGUCACCCCCGGUCAGCUCGCAAGUCAACAGGGGAAGCAGUACGCGGUGUACACGCCAUGGUAUCGCUCAUGGGUCGCCUUCUUGAAGAACAAUCCCGAGUACCUAGAGGUGGUCGAGGAGCCCGGCGCCAAUCCGGGAGACGCUCGCAAGCAUUACCAAUCAUUGUUUAACUGCGAGUUGCCUUCUGCACCGGAUGACAAACGACUCUCUGACGAACAGCGAAAACACUUGCGUCAAUUAUAUCCAGAAGGCGAGCACGAGGCACUCCGCCGACUGGAAGCGUUCCUUGAUGAGAAAGUCCGGCAUUAUGACGAUGGAAGAAGCAUCCCGGCGCAACAAAAUACGUCCGUCCUCAGCCCGUACUUCGCAUCCGGAUCUCUCAGCGCUCGAACUGCGGUCGUGAAAGCACGCCAAUCCAACAAAAGCCAACUAGAUCGCAAUGAUCCCGGGACCAUGGUCUGGAUCAGCGAAGUGGCCUGGCGUGACUUCUAUAAACAUGUCCUUGUCCAUUGGCCAUUCAUCUGUAUGAACAAAUGUUUUAAGCCCGAAUUCACCAAUAUCGAGUGGGAAUACGAUGCCGACCACUUUGAGGCGUGGUGUCAAGGAAAGACUGGCUUCCCUAUCGUUGACGCAGCUAUGCGGCAGCUGAAACAUGACGCUUGGAUGCAUAACCGAUCACGCAUGGUAGUAUCCUCGUUUCUUUCCAAAGAUCUGAUGAUUGACUGGCGACGCGGCGAACGGUACUUCAUGGAGAAUUUAAUCGACGGCGAUUUUGCCUCCAACCACGGCGGCUGGGGAUUCGGAUCCAGCACAGGAGUCGACCCGCAGCCUUACUUCCGUAUCUUCAACCCGUUGCGACAAAGCGAACGAUUUGACGCGGACGGUGCUUAUAUCCGUCAAUGGGUCCCAGAGUUGCGCGACGUCGAAGGUGCCGCCAUCCACGAGCCUUAUAAUCGGGGUGCAGGCAAGAUCGCACAACAGAACAACUACCCGCGGCCCAUUGUCGAUCAUGCCACGAGUCGAGAUAGAGCGUUGGAACGGUACAAAAAGGCAACCCAGGGCUAGAGAGGCCUUGUCAGCCGUCGGCAUUGAACACACAACUGCUGACUAGGUGGAGUUCUUCAUAGAUAGAGUGGCUACUCAGGAUCUUAUAUAUACUGUUGAAAAUCA